AUGAAACUUGUGAAUGGAAGAUUUAUUGUUCUAGACUACCCGAUGGGAAAACAUUUGAAUGCAAAUCAGGUCAUUUCAUUCACACAUGUGAGUCUAUACAUGGGGCUGAAUCAUCCAUUAGCCAAUACAAGAUGGGUAGCCAAGGUGAUGUUGGAAUGCUACAAGGCCCAUCCUAACUACAAACCCAGGGACUUUAUAACUGAGGUGAAGAAAAAUCAUAAAGUUGAUAUUUCUUAUUUUACUGCAUGGCAUGCUUUCCACCUGUUUAAUGAGAAAAUUAUGGGUAGUUAUGAAGAAGGUUAUUCUUUACUUCCUGUUUUAUGUGAUCAAAUCAAGGGAGAGAAUAGCAGGAACAUAGUUAAAUUUAAAACAGACCUUGUAACCGGAGGAUUUGUGUCAUUAUGUAUCGCAUAUAGGGUGUCUUUAGAUGAGUUUGCGAAAAAUAGACCAAUACUAGGACUAGAUGGAUGUCAUCUAAAUGGUAAAUAUGGUGGUACAUUGUUGGAAAUCACAUCUCUUGAUGGCAAUAAUGAUUUAUUUCCUAUUGCGAUAUACAUUUGUCAGUCAGAGUGUAAAGAAAGUUGGAUAGAUUUUCUGAGUAUAAUGGCUGAAGAGUUAAAGCAUCAUCCAAUGGCUCUGACUUUCAUUAGUGAUAGAAAAAAGGGGUUGAUUGAAGGUGUUUCAAGAAAUUUUAUUGAUGUGAAUCACAGUCAUAGACUUAAAGAGGCAAAGCCUUCUGCACCAGAGUGGUUUGACAGAGAACCAGUAGAGACAUGGGAAAGAUGUUAUUUUGAUAGAGAACAAGUGGGUAAGAAAAUGCCUGAUGGUGGUGUGGUCCCUAGAGUGACAAAUACCAUAAAGAAGUAUUUGUACUUCAGCCACGAGUUCAGUAAACAACCAUCAACUGUGCAUCUUUGGUCGGUCUCUGAUACAAAGAAGGACAUAUCGUGGGUGGUGAACCUGGAGGAGCACACUUGCACCUGCAAUGCGUGGCAAGUAUGUGUAAUAUCAUGUGUACAUGGUAUAUGUGCAAGUUUGUAUCACAGGACAAAGAACCAUGACAAGUAUGUCCAUGAAUACAUGUUUGUUGACACCUACAGAAAAAUAUAUGCUCCUUUUAUUGAACCUCUAUUGGGCAAAGCUUUAUGGGCAGUGGUAACAAUCUUAAACAAUGUUGUUGUUCAUUUGAAUCCUAGGGAGGUGAACCUCCUAAAUGCUUUAGGCCACCAGGUAGACCUAGAAGUCAAAGAAGAAGGGACAGAGAUGAGGGUGACAAUAAUAGGAAAUAUAUGUGCGGGAAAUGUUAUGUCUCCAUCCACCUUCACAGGUCCUCAUGUGAGGCCCAAUCCAGCAUUAAGUCCACCUCCACCUCCACCAGCCACUGCAUGA